AUGGAGGCGCCCAAGGCGGAGACUGUGGUCCCAAUCCGUGAAGAAGAACAGCCUGCUGCUACUACAGAACAGGAUAUCAACCCCUGGGACGUUAAAGGUGCAAAGGAUGCGCAGGGAAACACUCUGGCUUUCGACUAUGUUGCUAUUUCGAAGAAAUGGGCGACUAAAUUGAUAGACGAUACCAUUCUCCAGCGCUUUGAGCGCAUUACUGGCCACAAACCCCAUCGUUGGCUGAGACGUGGCCUUUUUUUCUCUCAUCGGGACUUCGACAAGAUCUUGGACAAGUACGAAAAGGGCGAGCCUUUCUUCUUGUACACUGGCAGAGGACCAUCUAGCGACGCAUUGCAUCUCGGCCACACCAUCCCUCUCACUUUCACAAAAUGGCUGCAGGACGUUUUUGAUGUCCCAUUAGGUAUUCUUUCUUUGCUCCCAUAUAACCCCAUACUGAUAAAAAAGGAGGAAGAUGAUGAAAAGGCACUCUUCAAGGAAAAGCUCACCUUCGAGGAAACACACAAGUUUGCCCUUCAGAACGCAAAGGAUAUCAUCGCAUGUGGCUUCGAUUUGAAGAAGACCUUCAUCUACAGUGACCUGGAAUACAUCAAAGGCCCAUUCCUCACAAACGUCUGGGAAUUUUCAAAGCUUCUUACAUUCAACCAAGUCCGCGGAGCAUUUGGAUUUAACGAGAGUGCUGCCGCAUUUGCUACGUCAUAUCCGGAGCUCUGGAGCGACAAACCAGCUACAGCCCGAACUAAAGCCAUGGCAAAGAUUCAGUGCUUGAUUCCCAUGGCUAUAGACCAAGAUCCUUACUUUAGACUCCUGCGCGAAAACUGUCAUAGGAUGCGAUUCCCUUCUCCAAAACCAGCAUUGAUUCACUCUCAAUUCCUUACUGCACUGCAAGGAGCCGGUGGAAAGAUGAGCGCCAGUGAUCCAAAUUCCGCCAUUUUCAUGUCAGACACCCCCAACCAAAUCAAGAAAAAAAUCAACUCCUAUGCCUUCAGUGGAGGCCAAGAAACGGUUGAGCUGCACCGUCAGCUUGGUGGAAACCCUGAUGUAGACGUUUCUUACCAAUACAUUUCUUAUUUCGAAGAUGACGACGAAAAGCUUAAGAAGAUAGAGCAAGACUACCGCAAAGGGGAUCUUUUGACGGGAGAGCUAAAGAAAAUGGCUAUCGCCCUUUUGCAGGAAUACGUUAUGGAGUUCCAAGAGCGAAGAAAAGCCGUUACAGACGAGGUGCUGAAUCAGUACAUGACACCUCGGAAGUUAGAGUGGGGCGGUAACCCCAACUCGACCGCAUCGUCCCAUAGCAGUGCAAAGCCUACAGAAGCCGUGCGCGACAGCUAA